GUGGGGAAGAUAAUCCCCAGAACCAUUAAUAGGUAACCAUUCCUAACAUUAUCUUUGUAUAUUUUCAGGACUUCAAGUUUCCCUUAACAGUAGUAAUAGUGCACCUGUUUAUGAAGUUUAUGCUGGCGGGGUUGUUUCGGGCAACCUACACUUUGGUAACAGGUAUACCCAGGGUAUUACUUCCUUGGGAUGUUUACUGGAGGAGAUUGUUACCUCCUGGAGCAGCUGCUGGCAUUGAUAUAGGCCUCUCUCAGUGGUCACUUGAGUUUAUAACUGUAGCCUUGUAUACAAUGUCCAAAUCUACAGCUCUACUGUUUAUUUUGAUAUUUGCAAUUGUCCUCAAAUUGGAAGAAAUGAAAUGUAGUUGUGUGAUUUUGGUGCUACUCAUCGCAGUGGAUUGUUCUUUUAAACAUGAGAGGAAGAACUAGCGUUCAACCUUUGGCUUCAUCCUUGUUAUUAUCGCCUCUUUGCUCAGUGGUCUUCGAUGGACAUUAUCUCAGCUGGUGAUGCAAAAAUCUGAACUAGGACUGAGUAACCCCAUUGAUAUGGUGUAUCACAUACAGCCCUGGAUGACUGUAUCCCUCCUUCCUCUGGCCAUAAUCAUGGAAGGUACAGAAAUAGCAGCAAGUGAAUAUGGAUUCCGGUUUACAGAUACUAAUGACACUUUGUAUAUGUGGGGUAGAGUUAUGUUUGGAGCUGUGCUUGCAUUCUUUAUGGAGGUUUCAGAAUACCUAGUUGUGUGUUACACUUCAUCACUUACGUUCUCUAUUGCUGGUGUGGCCAAAGAAAUCAUGACACUCUCACUGGCAGUCUAUGUCUACAAUGAACAUCUUUCUACUAUCAAUUUAGUAAGUUCAGUUAUUUUUACAUUGCUUAACUAA